AUGCAUUUCCGAUCAUUACUACCUCUGCUCAUUACCACCCUCUACGCCUCACAAGUGGUCGCAGAAGCCUAUGGAGACUGCUGUUUAUGCCAUUAUAUCGAACUCCAGUGGUUGUGUGUCAAAUGGAAUGAACAAACCGACACACUCUCCUGCGGCCUUGGCGGACCAUUCCCAUCCGGUUCAAAAUGCACGGUCGACAGAUUCUACCAGCCCGAAAACCGCCUCCAAGCAAAUGUCUCCCUAUACUUGGGUGAAAACGAGUCACCUUAUAGGUUGGACCUCGGUAUCAAUCCUGGCAACUGCAAGCCGUGGAAGGAAUUCGCGACACAGUGGACUGGCUGGGGCGCCUACAUGUUCAACGGCGGGGAGAUCUCUACACAAGAUAUGGGCGUCUGCGAAGGUUAUGGGGCUGUAUAA